CUCGCUCGGGGCAGAGUGACAGUGAGCGCUGGUGCUGCAUCGGAGAGUUUAGGGCUGGCGGAAAAAAUGCUCUUCUGAUUUUAUGACAUUUGGAUUACACGUCGCGGAUGCACCUGCAACAGCGGAGCAUGGCACAGUGGGCGGUGCCCCAUCUCCAGCCCCAACCCUGUAGUGCCAGCUACUGCUGUGGCAACACCCCCUCCACCUGCUGCCAUUGAGAGUCAUGCUGUCGGGCAGCUGGCGGCGGAACACGGCAGGGCCUACCUGCAGCCUCCCAAUAGGCAGGGGGUCAGUCUCGGGCGGCACGGUGGUCCUGGAGGCUCAGUAUGACUAUUCGUACCGUGGGGCGGAUGGGCGGGUGGUCUCCAUACAGGAGGGCGAACGCUUUCUCCUGCUGAGGAAAACCAACGCUGACUGGUGGCAGGCACGGCGGCUCGGAGUGAGCAUGAAGAGCAAGCCGCUGUACGUUCCCGCCACGUACGUCAUCGAGCUGCCAAUCUCCACGCUACAUACGCCACAGCCCAGCAGCCAGUCAACAGCCUCUCCUCGCAGGCUGGUGGCACGAGGGUCGUACACACCAUGCUCACAGACACAGUGCUCAGGGCCCUCUAAAGCAUUCUGUCGUUCAAUGGAAGACCUGAACAGCAACAGUGCCUUCACAAAUGCGCGUGUAGGACGAAGCUCAGCAGGAGGUCAUUUCCCCACGCUACCCCUCUCCUCCUCCUCCACCGCACCAAGUCACCUCACGAUCCCCGGCGGGCCGCUGGGUUCAGGUGGCCUGAUUCCACGCAGCCAGAGCUCCAACAACCUACCCCAGAACCCGUAUGAGGAAGCCCGUGGCAGCAGGCCAGGCCCAACUAGCCCUACCAAGUCCUACAGCCAGUGGGACGUGGCAGCCAGUGCCCGACGGCACACUGACGGACACAUCCAGGCCUACUCUUCCCAAAGUUCAUUGCCGGGGCAGGGGCGCAGACAGUGGGCGGAGCCUCCUUGUCCACUCCCGGGUCAGAAGCCCUUACAGAUACUGCAGCUGUGGGAACAGUACCAAGACCCCGCCACCGGCCGCUAUUUCUAUGUUAAUACAGUUACCAGGGAGCGCUCAUGGAAGCCACCACGUCGAGCUCGCCAGAGUGACCAUGGCCAAAGCACGGUAACCAGUCAGGGUUCUGCAACACAGGUUGGGACUUUCCCCCGGGACACCAGCCACCUGUCACUUCCCCUACACAACUCAGGAAGCAAGUCAUUGCACAGGCUCUCCCCUGACUUCACCUACAGUACCCAGAAUGCAAAUGCUUGGCAGCUGAGUCAGACCAUGCAGCGUGCAGCGUCAUCCGACGCCCUCAGCUCUGCCUCUUUCAACAGCAUCGACGUACAGCGCAGAAACUCCGCCUUGGCUGGGGGCGGUGAACACAUCAGCCACUCCUACACCAUGAUCUUACCUAACCAAACAGACAGGAUCUCAUCAAAUGGCAAGUCAGAGUACCAAGUGGUGGUGGAGUCACCUUCCACUGACAGCUCUCCAGACAGUGAUGGAAUGACUCCGGAGCUUGAAAAAGCAGGUCUGCUGAACAAAACCAAGAUAGCAGAAGGAGGCAGGAAGCUGAGGAAAAACUGGAACCCGUCCUGGGUGGUGCUGGUGGGGAACAGUCUUGUGUUCUUUAAAGAUCCAAAGACCCAAAGUCCUGCCAGCUGGAAGCCUGGUAACAGUUGUCCAGAGAGUAGUGUGGAUCUACGAGGAGCUCAGCUACAGUGGGCCAAUGACCUCUCCAGCAGGAAGAAUGUCUUCAAGUUGAGGACUGUUACAGGCAAUGAAUUUCUGCUGCAGUCAGAGACAGACUCUUUGAUCAGGGAGUGGUACUGCACUAUUCAAAAAGUCAUUGACAGAUUGGAUGAAGAGAAUCCUCUGGAUAACGUCUUGCUGUAUUCCUUGAGGAGAGCAGGCUCCAUGGAGAUGUUGGAUCAGAGUGGAGACGAGGAUGAGAAUCGUGUAGGAUCCAAAGCCUCACUCCCUCGCUCCUGCUCUAAUUUGGAGAAUUCGGAGCGGAAGCGAGUGAAGAGUCGUCUGAAGAAGCUCAUUCUAAGGAGACCUCCACUUCAGGCACUACAGGAGAAAGGCCUUAUCAAAGACCAGGUGUUUGGCUGCAGUCUGGAGGUGCUGUGUGAGAGAGAGAAGACUACAGUGCCACGGUUCGUUAGAAACUGCACAGAAACAGUGGAGAAGAAAGGUUUAGACACAGAUGGCAUCUACAGAGUCAGUGGGAAUUUGGCCGUGAUCCAGAAACUUCGCUUCGCUGUUAAUCACGAGCGAGCGGUGUCUACAGAUGGACGCUAUCUUUUCCCAGAGGAUUUAGUGCAAGUGGAGCGCAUAGACCUGGAGGACCCACAGUGGGAAGACAUUCAUGUGAUAACAGGUGCCCUGAAGCUGUUCUUUAGAGAGCUCCCCGAACCCCUGGUUCCUUAUGGAUUCUUCCAUGACAUCGUCGAAACUGUCAAGAUGUCUGAUUACUUAGAUAAGGUGGACCGGAUGAAAUUGUUAGUCAUCAACAUGCCGCCCCCCAACCACGACACCAUGAGACACAUGUUCCGCCACCUUAAGCGAGUGAUGGAGCAUUCAGACAGUAAUCGCAUGACAACGCAAAACAUCGGCAUUGUCUUCGGGCCAACUCUGAUGCGGCCGCAGAACGACUGCGGAAACAUGGCUGUUAAUAUGAUCUAUCAGAACCAGGCAGUGGAACUCAUCCUCAGCGAAUACGACCAGAUCUUUGGACCCGACCCGUCUGGCUUUCUCUGAUGCCUGUGCAGAACCAGAACGACAGCGAACCUGCACACAGUGAACCAGAACUCAAAGACGCAUACGAAGAGAGUUAAAUAAGAUUAAUAGAACGUUGCAGUUUAUAAAACUGCAGUGAUGCGACAGAUUUCAUCCUGUUGGAUGGAUGACGGAUGGACGGAAGUGCUCGGCCAAAAACUGUCCCUUUGUAGGCAUGAAAUCAAGCCCGCAAAAAGUGUGUCCAAAUCAUGUUAAGAGGCUUAUUUUUUGGUUUGUUUGUUUGUGUGGGCGUGUGUAUGUGUUUGUUUGUGUGUAUGUGAUGUCUCUUCACAAGUGUUUUUCAUUGUCUUCUUCAGCUGCAGUGUCUUUGGCAAAAGACACAGAGAUUUUGUUGCCGAAAAAAGACACACAGGCUGCACGAACUAAAUACUAUCAAAUAAAAUCGGCAAUAGUCACCCAAUAAGCAUAAACAUGAGCGCAGGUCGAAAGUUUAACAUGUUGUUCAACGCCACUUGAGUCAUUUGGUUUCUUUUUAAUAGCGAAAUAAAAAAAGGCUACGGUUCAAUCCAAAGUGCUAUGUAAUCCCCUUUUCCAUUGUUCCAGCAGUACGGUCCUGGUGUGUGUGUGGUUCGCGUGACAGAUAGAAGUGCAGAGGUACGUUCUGUAUGUUGCUCACUGAUUGGGUGGUGCUCUCUGCCACUAUUGGUCCAAAUCUCUGCUUUUAAUAACAGAACAAAAGAGGAGCUAAAAAUGCAUAUGUUUAAAAAAUGUGGAGUGCCCCCCCCCCAGCACCAUGGCUUUGGUAAUUUUAUAUUGACUGUGGCUUGGCAGGAGACAAGAAGGAGUGAGAGGGAAGAAAAAGAACAGAGAGAGCAUACACAGAUUUUAAUGUUAAAGUUUAUAUAUUUAUUCAUUUUUAUUUUCUUAUUAUUGCAAGGGGGCAAGUCAUAUGCUAUUAUAGUGAUUUUGGAUUAUUUGUUUAGAAAUGUAAGCGAAUGUUGUCCUUCUUUUCACAUUGCUGUGAUCUUCCCAUGUAUUCUUGUGCCUCAACUGUUUUAGAAACCUGUUUUAUGGCCGAAGAAACCUUCACAGUCAGAAUCUCCACAUUUCUGCCAGAGUUAUCACAGUAAAGUCUAACUACAGCUCAACAAAUUUAUUUUUUUAUUACCUCCAGUGUUGACCUUAUAACCUGUCUUUGACUGAGCUCAGUGAUCUGUAAAGCCGUUUCAGUUCCUAUAUUUGAUUUUUAUGUAGAUCAGUCCCUAAUUUGGGGUUUUCUGAUUUAUAUGAAAAAAGAACUCUCCUUUUUAUGUAUGUUUCUAUUUUUUAUUGGCGAGUAGAAGUUUUGACCUACAGGAAUUUCAAAAGACUGUCACAGCCCUACAGUUUCUGCUCCACAAUAAUGCCACACUUGGGUCUUGCCAACAUGCUGUCUAAUUAUUUGUCGAUUCUUUUUCUCUUCCUCCAGAUCCUGUACUUUGAGAGAAUUAUUUGACAAUAAAAACCAACAAAGUAAAUCUGUGAAAAAAAAGACCUCUUUCAUGUU